AUGCAUCUGCAUCAGGUCCUCACCGGGGCGGUCAACCCUGGGGACAAUUGCUACUCCGUGGGCAGCGUCGGGGAUGUCCCCUUCACGGCAUAUGGAUCAGGCUGUGAUAUUGUUAUUUUGGCCAACGACUUUGAAUGCGUGCAGAUCAUUCCUGGUGCUAAGCAUGGGAACAUCCAAGUUAGCUGUGUGGAGUGUUCUAACCAACAUGGACGAAUUGCAGCAUCGUAUGGUAAUGCUGUUUGUAUUUUUGAGCCCUUGGGCAUAAAUUGUCAUAAGCGAAAUUGUCAAUUAAAGUGUCAAUGGCUUAAAACUGGGCAGUUUUUUUUGAGUUCUGUGACAUACAACUUAGCUUGGGACCCUCAAGAUAACAGAUUGUUGACUGCAACAGAGUCGGUUCAGUUGUGGGCUCCCCCAGGAAGGGACAUGCUGGACGAAGAGGAUGAAGCCGAUCGUGGAAUUCCUCCUGCCUUAAAUGAUUGGAAGUGCACUUGGCAGUGCAAGUUAGAUGACUGUCUUUUGAAAGUGUGGUACCCUAUGACUGGUUGGAAGUCUUCAAUUAUUCCUCAGGAUCACCUUGAAGUGAAAAGGAGGCAGGCGUGUACUCAGUUUUCCUUUGUUUAUUUGGCACAUCCCCGAGCGGUGACAGGUUUUUCGUGGCGUAAAACUAGCAAGUAUAUGCCCAGAGGCUCUGUCUGUAACGUGCUGCUAACCUCAUGCCAUGAUGGUGUCUGCCGGCUCUGGGCAGAAACCUUAUUACCGGAGGACUGUCUCUUGGGUGAGCAGAUCUGCGAGAGGACCACGUCUAGCAUCGCUAGCAGUCUUUCUCAUGCUGGAGUCCACAAAGACAGAAUACAGCAUGCUCUCGAGACCAUACACCAUCUGAAAAAUUUAAGAAAAGGACAAAGAAGAUCUUCUGUUCUUGUAACUCACACUGAAGUAAUGCCUGACCAGACUGGAACACACGAAGUUCAAAGGCAUAUUUCCCACCAUGCAAAUGCACUGUGUCAUUUUCACAUUGCUGCAAGCAUCAAUCCAGCCACAGAUAUCCCAAAUGUCUUGGCUGGUACAGCAUUUAAUGUUGAUGAUGGAAAUGGGGGCUUUGUGGUUCAUUGGUUAAACAACAAGGAAUUUCAUUUUACAUCAUCUACUGAGAUAUUUAUGCAGCAAUUACGAAAACUUUCUGAAAAGCAGGCAGAUCAUGAAAGUGAUUAUGGUGACAGAGAGGAUGAGGAGCAUUCACUGGAGGAGAGAGAGAGGGGCUUACAUAUGAAGCUAGACCAUGAAUUAUCCCUGGAUAGAGAAUCUGAGGCAGGUACAGGAUCAUCAGAGCAUGAAGAUGGGGAAAGAGAGGGAAGUCCUAGAAUCUACUCACGACCUCGGAUGCCAAUGCCGCUGCCUACAGUCCUGCUUGACCGGAAGAUUGAAAUGUUGCUAACUGAAUGGAAUAAGAAUCCUGACAUGCUUUUUACCAUACACCCUGUCGAUGGUACCUUUCUAGUGUGGCAUGUAAAGUAUUUGGAUGAAUAUAAUCCUGGAAUAUUUAGACAAGUUCAGGUUUCUUUUUCUUCCCGGAUUCCUGUUGCAUUUCCCUCUGGUGACGCAAGCUCUCUUAGUAAAAAUAUUAUGAUGUAUGCCUGCACAAAUGCUACGAAAGAUUUCCACCACCCUAUCUCCCACCAAGAGCGGGCGGCUUUAGGCAGUCCUCAUGGCUCCCAGCCACACUCCAGACUGCACAGUCUGAAAAUGAACGUCUUCAUGCCUACAGUCAUGAUGGUCUCCAAACAUAUAGAUGGCUCUUUAAACCAGUGGGCCGUCACUUUUGCUGAUAAGUCUGCCUUUACCACUGUUCUUACUGUGUCUCACAAAUUUAGAUACUGUGGUCAUCGAUUUCAUCUCAAUGAUCUGGCAUGUCAUUCCGUUUUACCUCUCUUGUUGACAUCAUCUCAUCAUAAUGCUCUGUUGACUCCUGAAUCAGAUUCAGAUGGUAAAUUAAGUAAAUUAAUGGAUCCCAUAAAACAUAUAAAAGGCUCCUCGAAGCAACCACUUAGGAAUGCAGCCACGUGUACGUUUCAUGACCCAAAUGCAAUCUACAGUGAACUUAUUCUGUGGCGUGUAGACCCAAUAGGACCAUUGUCAUACACUGGAGGGGUUUCCGAAUUGGCGCGAAUUAACUCUUUACAUACCUCAGCCUUCUCUAAUGUGGCUUGGCUUCCAACUCUUAUUCCCAGCUACUGCCUUGGCACAUACUGCAAUUCUGCUAGUGCUUGCUUUGUUGCUUCUGAUGGUAAAAAUCUUAGACUCUAUCAAGCUGUGGUAGAUGCAAGGAAAUUAUUGGAUGAACUGUCAGACCCAGAGUCUUCGAAACUUAUUGGAGAGGUGUUUAAUAUUGUGAGUCAACAGUCUACUGCUCGACCUGGCUGCAUUAUUGAACUCGAUGCAAUAACCAAUCAAUGUGGCUCAAAUACACAGCUGCUUCACGUGUUUCAAGAAGAUUUCAUUAUAGGAUAUAAACGACAUAAGGAAGAUGUGGAGAAAAAGGAAACGGAAAUAUUUUUUCAGCCAUCACAAGGGUACCGCCCACCACCAUUUUCAGAAAGGUUCUUUCUAGUUGUCAUUGAAAAGGACUGCAAUCAUUACUCUCUUCUCCACAUGUGGCAUCUUCACCUGAAGUCUGUCCAAGCAUGUCUAGCUAAAGCUGUAGAAGGUGUGUCCUCAGAGAGCUUGCUCUCAGUCCCUGGACAGAAGACAGCUGAUUCUUCCCCGGAAGUCUCUACGAGUGCCAGCCACAUGCCACAUUCUUCAUCAAUUGCCAACCUGCAGACGGCUAGUAAACUUAUUUUGAGUUCGAGACUGGUAUAUAGCCAACCCCUGGACCUCCCAGAAGGAGUGGAAGUGAUCAGGGCAACACCUUCAGCAGGUCACCUGAGUUCUUCUUCAAUUUAUCCAGUGUGUCUUGCGCCCUAUUUGGUGGUUACAACUUGUUCUGACAAUAAAGUGCGCUUCUGGAAAUGCUGUCUGGAAACCAACUCGGCAUGUGAGAGUGAUGCAAAAGAAACGUACCACUGGAGGAGAUGGCCCUUGAUGAACGAUGAAGGGGAAGAUAAUAGCAGUACAGUGAGCAUUGUGGGAAGACCGGUUGCUGUUAGCUGCUCCUACACAGGCCGCCUUGCAGUAGCUUACAAGCAACCUAUCCACCAAAAUGGUUUUGUUUCUAAAGAAUUUUCCAUGCAUGUUUGUAUAUUUGAGUGUGAAUCUACAGGAGGGUCAGAGUGGGUUUUAGAACAAACAAUUCAUCUUGAUGAUUCGGUUAAGGUCGGGAGUGUACUUGAUUCAAGGGUCAGUGUGGACAGCAAUCUGUUUGUGUACAGCAAAUCGGAUGCAUUUUUGAGCAAGGAUAGAUACCUUCUUCCCAAUAUAAAGCAUCUAGUACAUUUGGACUGGGUAUCCAAAGAAGAUGGCUCCCACAUUCUCACAGUGGGAGUCGGUGCUCACAUAUUCAUGUAUGGGAGGCUUUCGGGAAUUAUGACUGAGCAAACGAGCAGUAAGGACGGAGUAGCUGUCAUUACUCUACCACUAGGUGGCAGUAUCAAGCAAGGAGUUAGGUCAAGAUGGGUUCUUCUCAGAUCCGUAGACUUGGUUUCCUCUGUUGAUGGGACGCCUUCCCUGCCUGUGUCUCUCUCUUGGGUAAGGGAUGGGAUUCUGGUGGUGGGAAUGGACUGUGAAAUGCAUGUGUACGCACAGUGGAAGCACGUUGUCAAGUUUGGAGACGUCGAAGCUGAUAGUCCUGACGCAGAAGAGACGGCAAUGCAAGAUCACGCUGCCUUUAAAUCUAGCAUGCUGUCCAGAAAAAGUGUUGUUGAAGGAGCAGCCAUUGCUGAUGAUGUUUUCUGUUCGCCAACUGUCGUUCAAGAUGGCGGCCUGUUUGAGGCGGCACAUGUGCUUUCCCCCACGCUCCCACAGUACCAUCCCACCCAGCUGUUAGAACUGAUGGAUUUAGGAAAAGUUCGAAGGGCCAAAGCCAUUCUCUCUCAUUUAGUAAAAUGUAUUGCAGGGGAAGUUGCCAUAGUUAGAGACGCUGAUGCAGGAGAAGGAGGUAAGCGACAUCUCUCUCGAACCAUCAGUGUAAGUGGCAGCACAGCAAAGGACACCGUCACCAUAGGAAAAGAUGGCACCCGAGAUUAUACCGAGAUAGAUUCCAUUCCUCCUCUACCGCUACACGCAUUGCUCGCUGCAGAUCAAGAUACAACCUACAGAAUUCCGGAAGAAAGUACGAAAAUGGCACAGAGCUAUGAGGAUCAUACCAAAAGUCAGCCGGGGGAUCAGUAUUCAGAACUGUUCCAAAUCCAGGCUAUAACAACGGAUGACAUUGAUCUAGAGCCAGAAAAGCGAGAAAACAAAUCGAAAGUAAUAAAUCUUUCUCAGUAUGGACCAGCUUACUUUGGCCAAGAACAUGCUCGGGUACUUUCAAGCCAUCUCAUGCACUCAAGUCUGCCAGGCCUUACCCGUUUGGAACAGAUGUUCCUGGUGGCUUUGGCUGAUACAGUGGCUACCACCAGUACCGAGCUCGAUGAAAGCAGAGAUAAGAGUUACUCAGGAAGAGACACGCUAGACGAGUGUGGUUUGAGAUACUUGCUAGCCAUGCGCUUACACACGUGCCUGUUGACUUCACUGCCUCCUUUGUACCGAGUGCAGCUGCUUCAUCAAGGUGUGUCUACCUGCCAUUUUGCCUGGGCCUUUCACUCCGAAGCUGAGGAAGAACUGAUUAAUAUGAUUCCUGCAAUCCAGAGAGGGGACCCUCAGUGGUCUGAGUUGAGAGCCAUGGGAAUAGGUUGGUGGGUCAGGAAUAUUAACACUCUUCGAAGGUGCAUUGAAAAGGUUGCUAAAGCCUCUUUCCAAAGGAACAAUGAUGCCUUGGAUGCGGCAUUGUUCUAUCUUUCAAUGAAGAAGAAGGCAGUAGUGUGGGGUUUGUUUAGGUCACAGCAUGAUGAAAAAAUGACCACCUUUUUCAGCCACAACUUUAAUGAAGAUCGGUGGCGUAAAGCCGCUCUGAAAAACGCUUUUUCUUUACUUGGGAAACAACGCUUUGAACAAUCUGCUGCUUUUUUCUUGUUAGCUGGUUCAUUGAAAGAUGCCAUAGAGGUAUGCCUUGAAAAAAUGGAAGAUAUUCAGCUAGCCAUGGUUAUCGCCCGCUUAUAUGAAUCUGAAUUUGAGACUUCAUCCACUUAUACCUCCAUCUUAAAUCAGAAGAUUUUGGGUUGCCAAAAGGAUGGCUCCGGAUUCAAUUGCAGAAAGCUCCAUCCUGAUCCUUUCCUGCGCAGUCUUGCCUACUGGAUCAUGAAAGGCUACACCCGUGCUUUGGACACAUUACUGGAGCAGACACCAAAGGAAGAGGAUGAGCAUCAAGUUAUCAUCAAAUCGUGUAACCCAAUGGUAUUUAGCUUUUACAACUACCUUCGAACUCAUCCAUUGGUUAUUAGAAGAAACCUUGCCUCCCCUGAAGGAGCUUUGGCAACCGUAGGGCUCAAAACUGAGAAAAACUUUGUUGAUAAAAUUAACCUCAUAGAAAGGAAAUUGUUCUUUACCACCGCAAAUGCUCACUUUAAAGUUGGAUGCCCUGUUUUAGCUUUGGAAGUGCUCUCUAAAAUUCCCAAAGUCACCAGAACAUCAGCCCUAUCGAUCAAAAGAGACCAGCCUGACUUCCUUUCUAAAAGGACGGGGGAUGUCCCUUCCGAAUCGCACGUUCCGAGAGAAGGCAGUGGUGGUUCCGGCCUUGACUGGUCAAAUGCAGCUUCGUCCCUGGUUGACUGGAGUCAGCCAAUAGUCACAGUUGUGGAGGAGCCUCUUAACCUGGACUGGGGUGAGGAGCACGAUAGUGCCUUAGAGGAUGAGGAAGAAGAUGGCGUCGGGUUAGUGAUGAAAAGGACCGAUGGUGGGGAAAAAGGUAGACAAGAAGAUAAGAAAGCCCCAGACCCUCAGGAAGAGGACUCCCCUGAAUGUGAUACUGAGGUUGACGUGAUUGCGGAACAACUGAAAUUCAGAGCCUGUUUAAAGAUCCUCAUGACUGAACUAAGAACACUGGCAACAGGCUAUGAAGUGGAUGGAGGGAAACUCCGAUUUCAACUCUAUAACUGGCUUGAAAAGGAAAUUGCUGCCUUGCAUGAGAUAUGCAACCACGAAUCGGGUAUGAAGGAAUAUGCUGGUGGAACAUACUCCAGAGAAGAGGGUGAUCCCAGGGAUCAGGAAGAAAUGGUAGACAAACCGGAUAUCGGCUCUUACGAGCGCCACCAGAUCGAGAGGCGCAGACUGCGGGCCAAACGGGAGCACGCAGAACGGAGGAAGCUGUGGCUGCAGGAGAACCAGGACCUCCUGCGGGUGUUUCUGAGUUACUGCAGCCUCCACGGGGCCCAAGGCGGGGGCCUGGCCUCGGUACGGAUGGAACUCAAAUUUUUGCUGCAAGAAUCCCAGCAGGAAACUACUGUGAAGCAGCUCCAGUCUCCACUUCCAUUGCCCACGACCCUCCCUCUGCUCUCAGCAAGUAUUGCUUCCACAAAAACGGUCAUAGCCAACCCUGUAUUGUACUUAAAUAAUCACAUCCACGACAUACUGUACACCAUCGUUCAGAUGAAGGCGCCGCCACAUCCCAACAUUGAAGAUGUGAAGGUGCACACCCUUCAUUCACUAGCAGCGUCCCUCUCUGCGUCGAUUUACCAAGCUCUCUGUGACAGUCAUAGCUACAGCAGUCAAACGGAAGGAAAUCAGUUUACAGGGAUGGCCUAUCAAGGACUUCUUUUGAGUGAUCGCCGAAGACUGCGGACGGAAAGCAUUGAAGAACAUGCCACACCAAAUUCAUCUCCUGCCCAGUGGCCUGGUGUGAGCUCACUUAUCAAUCUCCUGAGUUCAGCCCAAGAUGAAGACCAGCCCAAAUUGAACAUUUUGUUGUGUGAAGCUGUGGUAGCUGUCUACUUAAGUUUACUGAUACAUGCUUUGGCCACAAAUUCCUCCAAUGAGCUGUUUCGACUUGCAGCCCACCCACUGAAUAAUCGAAUGUGGGCUGCUGUUUUUGGAGGGGGUGCGAAACUUGUUGUGAAACCUCGAAGACAAUCAGAGAAUAUUUCAGCACCACCUGUUCCUUCCGAAGACAUGGAUAAACACCGCAGGCGGUUCAACAUGCGCAUGCUGGUCCCUGGAAGGCCUGUAAAAGAUGCCACCCCACCCCCAGUGCCUGCUGAGAGGCCGUCUUACAAAGAAAAGUUCAUUCCUCCUGAGCUUAGUAUGUGGGAUUAUUUUGUUGCAAAGCCGUUUCUCCCUUUGUCUGAUAGUGGUGUGAUCUAUGAUUCAGAUGAAAGCCUUCACAGUGACGAUGAAGAAGAUGAUGCUUUUUUUUCAGAUGUACAAAUCCAGGAGCACCAAGACCCAAACUCCUAUAGCUGGGCUCUUCUACAUUUGACAAUGGUUAAGCUAGUCAUUCACAAUGUCAAGAACUUUUUUCCCAUUGCUGGAUUGGAAUUUUCUGAGCUGCCUGUAACCUCACCGUUAGGCAUUGCUGUGAUUAAAAACUUGGAGAACUGGGAACAGAUCCUGCAAGAGAAAAUGGAUCAGUUUGAAGGGCCACCCCCUAACUAUGUCAACACGUAUCCCACUGACCUUUCUGUGGGAGCUGGUCCAGCCAUUCUUCGAAACAAAGCAAUGCUAGAACCUGAAAAUACUCCGUUCAACUCGCAAGUUGAAGCUGAUCUGGGUUAUCCAGGUGGAAAAGCAAAAGUCAUUCACAAGGAGUCAGAUAUGAUCAUGGCGUUUUCCGUUAAUAAGGCAAACUCUAAUGAAAUUGUCUUGGCUUCCACACAUGAUGUUCAAGAACUUGACGUCACUUCUCUGUUAGCCUGUCAGCCAUAUAUCUGGAUUGGAGAAGAAUAUGACAGGGAAUCUAAAAGUUCCGAUGACAUUGACUACCGCGGCUCCACGACAACUCUUUACCAGCCCGGUGCGGCAGCCCACCCAGCCACUCAGGUGCAUCCGCCUUCGUCUCUGCCGUGGCUGGGCAGUGGGCAGACCAGCACGGGAGCUAGCGUGCUGAUGAAAAGGAAUCUACAUAACGUGAAGAGAAUGACCUCCCACCCCGUCCAUCAAUACUACCUUACGGGAGCUCAGGAUGGCAGUGUACGCAUGUUUGAAUGGACGCGGCCGCAGCAGCUGGUAUGCUUUCGCCAAGCGGGCAAUGCCAGAGUGACCAGGUUAUACUUUAACUCACAGGGCAACAAGUGCGGGGUUGCAGACGGAGAAGGUUAUAUGAGUAUCUGGCAAGUAAACCAAACUGCAUCAAACCCUAAACCGUACAUGAGUUGGCAGUGCCACAGCAAGGCUGCGAGCGACUUUGCAUUUAUCACCUCUUCAAGUCUCGUUGCCACCUCUGGACAGUCCAAUGACAAUAGGAAUGUGUGCCUCUGGGACACCUUGAUAGCCCCUGGAAACAGCCUCAUUCAUGGUUUCACGUGCCAUGACCACGGGGCCACGGUCCUUCAGUACGCACCGAAGCAGCAGCUCCUCAUCUCUGGAGGCAGGAAAGGCUAUGUCUGCAUUUUUGACAUCCGGCAGAGACAGCUCAUUCACACCUUCCAGGCUCAUGACUCGGCCAUCAAGGCCCUAGCUUUGGAUCCCUAUGAAGAAUAUUUCACGACAGGUUCAGCAGAAGGUAACAUAAAGGUUUGGAGAUUGAUAGGCCACGGCUUGAUCCACUCAUUUAAAAAUGAGCAUGCCAAGCAGUCCAUCUUCCGAAACAUUGGGGCUGGAGUCAUGCAGAUCGACAUCAGCCAGGGCAGCCGGCUCUUCUCCUGCGGUGCAGACGGCACGCUCAAAACAAGGGUUUUACCAAAUGCUUUUAACAUCCCUAGUAGAAUUCUUGACAUUCUAUAGCCUUAAGGAUUCAGGGCUUUAUUUUUUUAUACACAUUUCAGUCGAAAAGCACUGCAGAAACUAUUAGGCACCGAGGAAGAAAACCAGUUCAGCUUCCCAUGCAGUGAACACAUUGCAAACAGUAGCAGUCUGCGUGGAUGUGAAUCUGAUCCAGCAGUGGUGUGACUCACUCAGAACAUCGCCCAUGCGGGUUGCGCAUGUACUUGUCUUCCUGCCACCAUACUGAGAGAUCCAGCCCACUGUCGUGUGGAGGCUAGCUCUUCUGUACAGCACUUAGCAAACCUGAUUCGGGAAACAUUUGAGGUUAGAGGUUAGCAUCUGAGAGGUAAGGAAUCAGAGAGCCCUUUACACCGAAUGAAGGGGGGAAAUGUUGUUGAUUCCGGCAUUUCUUUCUGUUCUUGCCCUGACUGUGCAUGCCUGCACUGUCCCUCUGUGUUGGCCGAAGGGCAAUCCUAAGGCGUUAGGAGUUCUAGAGCACCAGAGAAAGCGCGCUCCGUUUCGGAGCCGCGCGCAGUGACUGAUCCUCUGUCCCGGAAGGCCACUUUCAUUCUUCCCCGCUGAAUAUGUCCCCUGUUAAGUGUUUAUAUUGAGCGAGCACUGUCACUUGCAAAUGAGCGCAAAUUCCAAUGCAAUGUUUUCCUCAUGAUUUGCACAUUCACACCUUUUUUUGGACUGCUAGUUUUUCUAUUUAAAUCUUUGCCUUCACGUUAGGAAUGUACUACGUGACCAUGACAUCUCUGUCGCUAACGCAAACAUACCUUCCUAAUCCGCUUGAGUGCUUUUUCUUUUCCUGUAUUUGAGGCUAGCCACCCACAACAUUUGAAGACUGUGUUGAAGCUACACCAGUACCAUAUUUCACAUCAUAAUUAAAAUGAAUGUGAGGCUUUUUGUGGCCAGUUAAUAGUUGAUGAGAUUGGUGAUAUUAUUUAUUGCCACAGCCUAUUGUAUAAACUAUGCAGAGGUAAAUAUUAUUUGCUUGUAAAAUAUUAGCCAAUGUUGUCAUAUUUUGAUGUAUUUCCUUGGUUUUGACCAAAAAUAUGUUCUUGAGAUAUUGAUACCAAUGUCUGUGUGUUUUAAUGUUUACCAGCAAAUUGUUUCAUCAUGUUAAUGAGAAUGUUUAAUGCCUGUGUGGUAAACAGUCAAGUAAAAUGACAUAAAAGCACCUUUCUCUGAAGGUAAUGUGACGUUCAGGCUGUGAAAUACACAUGUAAGAGAGAAAUAAAUGUUAUUUGUUAGAGUUUUACCGUA